AUGGCUAACAACAACAACAUCCCAAACCCCGAUCCCUUCCUCCUGGAACAUCUGAUCGAAGAUUCCACCCGCGAGGUGACGAAUCGUCGUCGGCAAGAAGAACCACAACAUGCUCUUGCCGGACAGAGAAGGCCGAGACAUGAGACCUCGCAACCUAGGAGGCAGCGGAUCCAGAACAUCCAGCAGCUGCAGGGCCUCCAACAAGUUCAGAAUGUCGAACAAACCCCUCCCGAGGGACAUGUUCAGAACGGGGAAGACGAGCAGGCCCGAACCCACAAUGGGCCUGAAAAUCCCCAAAAUGAGAAUGAGACCGACGCCAAAGACGGGCACGCUGCUUCCUCAUUCACCCACACCUCCGACAGGCAGAGAGCCCGUCAUGAAGAAGAGGAGGAACCGCUCAACAUCCCCGAGGAUACUGACCCCAUCACUGUCCGUCUGCUCAAAGAACUGCAAAAGACGAACAACCUCCUCCGACUUCAGGACGACCGUAUCCACGAGCUGGAAAGGAAGCGACGGCACCGCUCCCCUCCGCGGAGACAUUACCGGUCGCGCUCCUAUUCCUCCUCAUGCUCACCACCGAGGAGACACCGUCGGCGUUCCCCAUCUUCUUCACGCUCUCCACCAAGAAGACAUCGCCACCGGAGAUCACAUUCCCGCUCUCCACCAAGAAAGAGCAGGAAGAACCAGAGACCAGAUGUCACUGAAGCAAGAAGCCUCUCCCCCGAGCAGGGUCAUGGGGGCCCCUCCAAGGCUGUGCUGAAACCCCGCGAGCGUCCUUCUCCUCGGGACAAUCGCGUCAACCCCAACAAUGACCAGGGAAGACCCCGGCGAGGCAGACAUUCAACUUCACCAAGACCGAGCGACGAAGAGGACUUCCGCAACCCUUUUGACUUUAAGAAAGCCAUCAAGAUUGAGAAGGUCCACUCCAUGAACGCCCUUCUUCGCAAAGCUCAAGCUUUCAUCGCGUUCGAGGAAGGAGAGGCUGCUGCCAUCAAAGCCUCGCGAGGUAAUGACGCCGCUCGCAGUUCAAACUAUGAGCACUCAGGCUCGAAGCGAGGGCAUGAAAAAAGGAAAGACGACAGGUCUCUCGACAUCAAAGAGCGCCGAGGGCCAUCUGGUCGCUUCAACGACUACACCCCUCUGAACACCUCGCGGGAGAGGAUCCUGGCCGAAUGCCAAAACACCGACUUCAAGAAAUCAAACAUCAGGCCCCCGAAGUCGAACCCCGCAAGGCCAGGAACCGACAAGUCAAAGUACUGUAAAUACCAUAAAAGUCACGGCCAUCUGACCGAGGAAUGCAUCCAUCUCAAAGAUUCCAUUGAAACACUGAUCAAGGAGGGUCGCCUUUCGAGAUACACAAAGAAAGGGGAACCUUCCCGAAGGGACGACCAAAGAAACUCUGACGAAGGGAACUCGCCGGAUAACAGGCCCCUACAAGUAGCACUGUCCGUCACCCGACCAGAGGAUUUCAUGCCAUCGGACGAGUGGCCACCAUCAACGCCGAUAUUGAAGAUGCCAGGAGAAUCUUCGACGCCUCCGUCAAGGGACUAG